AUGGCGGGCUCCUCCAACACCCCUCUGUCUCGGACCUCCACCCCGCCCACCGACUCCCUCUUCCACUCCGACCCGCCUUACAGCGCUCCCGACCCAUCCGGCUCCCCGCGCCUCCCUGCCGCUCGCCUGGCCGGAGCUUUCCUGAGCGGCGGGAGCGGCAGAGUCCCAGUCAGUGUGAACGGGACGAGCGGCGGAGGCGGCGCCGCUCCUCCGCACACCGACUGUAAGAUGGUGGAAGUUCACGGCGUGAAGGUGGCCUCGUUCACGGUGAACGGCGUGGAGCUGAUCUGCCUGCCGCAGGUGUUCGAGCUGUUCCUGAAGCACCUGGUGGGCGGGCUGCACACCGUCUACACCAAGCUGAAGCGGCUGGACAUCAGCCCGGUGGUCUGCACCGUGGAGCAGGUGCGCGUCCUGCGGGGGCUCGGCGCCAUCCAGCCUGGAGUCAACCGCUGCAAGCUCAUCACCAGGGCCGACUUCGAGACGCUGUACCGGGACUGCACCAACGCCAGCUCUCGACCGGGUCGUCCUCCGAAACGGACCCUGGCCGUGGCCACGAUGACCGACGGCUCCAGACUCCUCCCACAUGGCCUGAUAAGCCCCGCCCUGCUGUCCCAAACAGGUCUGACGGCGGCGGCGAUGGCUGAGGCUCUGAAGCUGCAAAAGAUGAGGAUGAUGAUGGGUUUCCAUGGCAACAGCGAUCAGCAGCGACUUCACAAUGAAGCCGAGUCAGAGAAUGAAGACACAGGAGGCAGUGAAGGCUCCUGGGAGAAGGAGCAGCGCCUCCUGUCUCCUCCUCCUCCCUCCUCGGCUGUAGCGCCUCCUCCUGGUUCAGCAUCUCUCCACCUCAAUGCUCUGCAGCAACACAGCACGCUAUUGGCCAAUCCUCUGUCAGAACUUCCUUUUAUGGUCAUGCCACACCCCCUCCUCCCUGUGGGCCUACCUCCUGCCAGUGUUGCCAUGGCAAUGAACCAGAUGAGUCAGCUGAGCGGUUUGGCAAACAUGGCCGCCAUGUCACAGAUUCAGAGAGAAGAAAGCAAGCAGUCUCCUCCAGGAAGCCCUUCCAGUGAUGAAGAGCUCCACCUUCAAGAACCAACCAGCCAAUCACCUUCAAGAGCAUCUUCAUCAUCCUCAUCACCUCCUCCUUCAGCACACACGCCAGAGCUCGAUGGUGAGAUUGCAGAGCAAGAAAACAACAUGAAAAAGGCGUUGAAAGAAAAAGAUGACAGCCUGUCCCCUCCCCCUCUCUUUAAACCGACCUAUGAGAAGCUGCCACUCACCUCCCAGCCGCUGUCAGUCAACCAUGCAAACACUGCCUUUGCUCCACUCCUGUUGGCUGAGGGUCUUUCGUCCAUGGAGACACUACUGACCAACAUACAGGGUCUCCUGAAGGUCGCGGUCCAGAGUGCUCGAUCUCAGGACAAACACAACCAGAUGGAGAGGAAAGAGUUAAAGCUGGAGCUGGAGAAAGAAAGAGAUGCACGACAGACGCUACAGAGACAGCUGAGCUCCGAACUACAGACCAGAGCUUCGAUCCAGAGGAGGCUGAAGAAGGAGAAGAAGGCCAAGAGGAAGCUGCAGGAGGCUUUGGACUUUGAGUCGAGGAGGAGGGAGCAGGUGGAGAGAGCGCUAAAACACUCCAUCACAGAUGCAGUGACUCCUGAGAGCGAACUGGAGAACAAACAGCAGGAGAACUCUGCAGCUCAAGAGAACCGACCGUUCAUCAAACCUCCGCUCAUCUUCUGA